CCCCAAUUCAAACUAUGCAGAGAGUUCAGUUUGCGAACUCGGUCCAGUCGACUCAGCCUAUUUAGAUGAGGCAGAAUAACAGGGGAAUUGGUGUUACACCUGCUGCUCCGCCGGCGGCGGCGGGUGGUGGCCAGGAGUCUGAGAAGAAGAAGAUGAAUCGGCUCCAUGAGUUGGAGAAGCACCUUCUAGACGACGAUGACGACGAGGAAGGAUCCGGCGGGGACACUGUUUUCGUUAUCACCAAUACCAACAGCAACUGGUCGGAGACGAUUCAAAAUCUCAUCUCAGCGUGCUUUUGGAUGAGGCUGCAAAUAAUUCGCGAACUGAUAAAUUAUGGAGCGCUAAUUAAUGAAUGAAGGAGCACAAAUUAUUACAAGCAGAAUUUCACUAUCAUAUUUUGUUGCCUUCUUGUAUUGGUUGGUGGGCGGAGGGAUCUGGGGUUUUUGUUGCUUUCUCAUAUUGCUUGGCGAGGCCAAUUAUAUUGACACAAUUCAAUGAUUACUUUAUUACUUUGAAGUUUCAUAUUGAUCUAUCCUCAUGAUUCAUCGUCAACACUGUAUGUCCAUUGUUGCUUCCAUGCUCUGUUCACUUCGGUUGUCCGCAAUUGACUGGCGAUUGUAGCUUGAUAAAGUUCUUUCGACGCAAACAAUUCGCCAGCUACACAAUUCUUCAAAUUGGAAGAAGAAAUGAAAAAUAGUGACCUCCUGUUGUGUAAUUAAUUUGAUAGAGGAAGUCUAAUUGGGAAGUUUGACAGAGGUUGGGAAGAAGAAUAAUCUGAUUGUCUUUUU